CGGGAGCCUGGCUGAGCCUGCGAGCCGCCGGCCCGGCGCGGCAGGUUGGGAGGAGCGCUUGGAGAAUGAUUGUCGCUGUGCUGGAUGGACUGCUGAAUUAUUGAAUUACUUCCAUCUUUUGAGCCCACUAGGAAGUUGUCCAUGGAGCUGAAAUAUUUAUUGCAGUAAUUCCUGGCCAUACAUAAUUGAGGUUGACUGCGUUUGGGAAGUUGAUGCAUAAAAUUUGCAUGACUCCUCACUCCUUUCUAGAUCUAUCAUUGGAUUCACGCCAUCAUGGCUCAUACCACAAAGGUUAACGGCUGUGCUUCAGGAAAAGCAAAUGAUGUUCUAAACGGAGACCAUGACAAGGAACAGAGAGAUCCUUAUUUUGUGGAGACUCCCUAUGGUUAUCAACUAGACUUAGAUUUCCUCAAAUACGUGGAUGACAUACAGAAAGGAAACACCAUCAAGAAACUGAACAUCCAGAAGAGGCGGAAGCCAUCCGUGCCAUGCCCAGAAAGCACUGCCACACCAGGCCAGCAAGGUAUAUGGACUUCCACUGAAUCUUUGUCAUCUUCCAAUAGUGAUGACAACAAGCAGUGCCCCAGCUUCCUCGUAGCCAGAAGCCAAGUUACAUCAACUCCAAUCCCAAGGCUACCUGCCCCUCUGGAGCUCUCACCCACUUUUCUUACCAACCCAGAAAGUCGACAGCUGCCACCACCCUCACCACAACUCCCAAAGCACAACCUUCAUGUCACCAAGACACUGAUGGAGACCCGGAGAAGGCUGGAACAGGAGAGAAUCACCAUGCAGGCGACAUCAGGUGACUUCCGAAGGCCCAGGCUGGCCAGUUUUGGAGGCCUGGGCUCCACAGGCUCUCUCUCCUCCUUUAUGGGUUCUGGAAACCACAAUCCUGCCAUCUACCAGCUUCAGAAUGGAUACCAGGGCAAUGGGGAUUACAGUAGCUAUGCCCCAGCUGCUGCCACUUCUUCCAUGGGGAGCUCUAUCCGCCACAGUCCCUUGAGCUCAGGGAUCUCCACUCCUGUGACCAACGUGAGCCCCAUGCACCUGCAGCACAUCCGGGAGCAGAUGGCCAUCGCCCUGAAACGCCUGAAGGAGCUGGAGGAACAGGUACGAACAAUCCCUGUGCUCCAGGUAAAGAUUGCGGUCUUGCAAGAAGAGAAAAGACAGCUGGCCUCACAGCUGAAAAACCAAAGAACGGCAUUGCAGAAUGAUGCCUGUGGUGUGAGGAAGCGGUCCUACAGUGCUGGGAACACGUCCCAGCUAGAAGACCUCUCCAGGGCCCGGAGAGGUGGCGGGGAAUUAUACAUUGGCGAAGGAGAAGACAUAGAGAGCGUAGAGCAGAGCACACAGAGGAUAAAAGAGUUCCGGCAGCUCACAGCAGACAUGCAGGCCCUGGAGCAGAAGAUCCAGGACAGCAGCUCGGAGGCCUCCUUGGAGCUCAGGGAGAAUGGGGAGUGUCGGCCUCGAGAGUGCCGGUCUGUGGCUGUGGGUGCCAACGAGAACAUGAAUGACAUUGUCAUGUACCACAGAGGCUCCAGGUCCUUCAAGGAUGCUGCUGUAGGGACAGUCACUGAGACGAGGAAUUCUGGGGUCAGUGUGACAGAGGCCAUGCUUGGGGUGACCACUGAAGCUGACAAAGAAAUUGAGCUGCAACAGCAGACCAUAGAAGCCUUAAAGGAAAAGAUCUAUCGCCUGGAAGUACAACUUAAAGAAACUACCCAUGACCGAGAGAUGACUAAACUCAAGCAAGAGCUGCAGGCUGCUGGAUCGAGGAAAAAAGCUGACAAAGCCAUGAUGGCCCAGCCGCUUGUUUUCAGCAAGAUGGUGGAGGCAGUGGUGCAGAUGAGAGACCAGAUGGUGGGCAGUCACGUGGAUGUAGGUGACUCAUGUGUUGGGACCUCUGUGCAAACAAGCAGCCUAGGCAUCUCCUGCCAGCCCAGUUCAGAGAAUAAACUCGUGGGGCCAGAGCUGCCCAUGAAUUGGUGGAUUGUUAAAGAAAGGGUGGACAUGCGUGACCAAUGUACGGGAAGGUCUGUGGAGAUGUGCGAUGAGAGCGUGGGUGUGGAAAUCAGUGUCUGUGAAACAGGCAGCAACACGGAAGAGUCUGUGAAUGACUUGACACUCCUCAAGACCAACCUGAAUCUCAAAGAAGUGCGCUCCAUUGGGUGUGGAGAUUGUUCUGUCGAUGUGAUUGUCUGCUCUGCAAAGGAGUGCAUCUCCCGGAGUGUGAGCACCGACGCUGUUGGCCAGGCGGAAGCCGCUGUCAUGGCAGUGCCUCAGACCACAAGCCAGCACACCAGCACAGCUUUGGAACAAGUGAACCAGUUCACCAACACCGAGACGGCCACCCUUACGGAAUCCUGCACCAACACUUCCCUCAGCACUUUGGACAAGCAGACCAGCACCAGGACUGUGGAAACGCGGACGGUGGCUAUAGGAGAAGGCCUUGUCAAGGACAUUAAUUCUUCCACCAAGACACGGUCCGUCGGAGUUGGAACAGUGCUUUCUGGCACUUCUGGGUUUGACAAGCCAUCAGCUGUAAAGACCAAAGAGUCAGGUGUGGGGCAGAUAAAUAUUAAUGACAACUAUCUGGUUGGCCUCAAAAUGAGAACCAUCGCUUGUGGGCCUCCCCAGUUGGCUGUGGGGCUGACGGCAAGCAGGAGGAGCGUAGGUGUUGGGGAUGAGCCUGUGGGAGAGUUCACGGAGGGCCCCCAGCCGCAGGCUCCGUCUGGAACGAUGACGGGCCUGGAUCACUACAUUGAGCGCGUCCAGAAGCUGCUGGCGGAACAGCAGACGCUGCUGGCUGAGAACUAUAGUGAACUGGCAGAAGCUUUUGGGGAACCUCACUCACAGAUUGGCUCUCUCAACUCCCAGCUCAUCAGCACCCUCUCUUCACUCAGUUCUGUCAUGAAGUCUGCAAGCACCGAAGAGCUGAGGAACCCCGACUUCCCCAAAAUGAGUCCAGGCAAAGUUGCAGGAAAUAAUUUGGAAUAUGCCUGUAAGUACAGAGGCCUACAGUCCGGAGGACCAUUAAAUGCUCAGACAUCCCGACAAGGGCGAGAGGUGGGGUUCACAGAAGCGGAGCCCAUCGGCAGCCAGGAUUCCUUCCCCUCUCAGGAAAGCACGCUGUCUCCGGUGAACCUGACAGAUGACCAGAUAGCUGCUGGCCUCUACGUAUGUACAAAUAGUGAAAGUACGCUGAAGUCCAUCAUGAAGAAGAAAGACGGUAACAAAGAUUCAAAUGGAGCGAAAAAGAAUCUUCAGUUUGUUGGCAUUAAUGGAGGGUAUGAAACAACUUCAAGUGAUGAUUCCAGCUCAGAUGAAAGCUCUUCUUCCGAGUCAGAUGACGAGUGUGAUGUCAUUGAGUAUCCUCCUGAAGAAGAGGAGGAAGAGGAGGACGAAGACAGUCGGGGAAUGGCGGAAGGGCACCAUGCAGUUAAUAUGGAAGGUUGCAAGUCUGCCAGGGUGGAAGAUGAAAUGCAGGUUCAAGAAUGUGAACCUGAGAAGGUGGAAAUCAGAGAGAGGUAUGAGUUAAGUGAAAAGAUGUUGUCUGCAUGCCACGUACUGAAAAAUAACAUAAAUGACCCCAAAGCUUUGACCAGCAAGGAUAUGAGGUUCUGUCUGAACACCCUCCAGCACGAGUGGUUCCGCGUGUCCAGCCAGAAGUCGGCCAUCCCAGCCAUGGUCGGAGACUACAUAACUGCCUUUGCGGCCAUCUCCCCAGACGUCCUGCGUCACAUCAUCAACAUGGCCGAUGGCAACGGCAACACAGCCCUUCACUACAGCGUGUCUCACUCCAACUUUGAGAUUGUGAAGCUGCUCUUGGAUGCUGACGUGUGUAACGUGAAUCACCAGAACAAGGCAGGAUACACGCCCAUCAUGCUGGCAGCACUCGCCGCCGUGGAAGCAGAGAAAGACAUGCGGGUUGUGGAAGAGCUCUUUGGCUGUGGGGAUGUGAAUGCCAAGGCCAGCCAGGCAGGACAGACAGCCCUCAUGCUGGCGGUCAGUCAUGGGCGGAUAGACAUGGUGAAGGGCCUGUUGGCCUGUGGUGCUGAUGUCAACAUCCAGGACGAUGAGGGCUCCACCGCCCUGAUGUGUGCCAGCGAGCACGGGCACGUGGAGAUCGUCAAGCUGCUACUGGCCCAGCCGGGCUGCAACGGCCACCUGGAGGACAACGAUGGCAGCACUGCGCUCUCCAUCGCUCUGGAAGCAGGGCACAAGGACAUCGCUGUUCUCCUCUAUGCCCACGUCAACUUCGCCAAAGCCCAAUCUCCGGGCACCCCUAGGCUUGGAAGGAAGACAUCUCCUGGUCCCACCCACCGAGGUUCAUUUGAUUGAUUAUGUGUAAAUAACCAGCCAUUUACAUGCCACCAUUAAGCUGCUAAUUGUUCCUGUUGGGGGUGACAGAUACUGAAUGUAUACACACUGUGCCUGAGGGCACCGGCAAACAAUGCAGAAAGCCACGGACUGAAGGCUGGAGCUGUCACAGUGGAAGCUGAGCCAGCGAGAGGUUGCCAGCGGACACACACGGCCUCCCUGCCGGCCACCUUCCCUCUGUGUAGGACACACUUGACCCCAGUCACUGUUGCUGUUGAGUCUCUGCUCCAUUAUGUACAGUUGUAGGAAACUGUAACCAGACCUGACCGGGCAACUUCUAUUUCUUCUCUCCACCACCCGCCCCCACCGCCUCCACUGCUGAGAAGUGUCAGGUUCUCGCUGGCAUGGUGUUUUAAAUUUUUCCACAAGUAUUUAUAUUUACUAAUGUGGAACCAUUGGAAAGCUCUUCAAAAAUUCCAUUCCAGGAUGGUUUUGUUGAUAUUUCUGUUGUCUUUAUUAUUUUAAAAUAUGUAAGUUAGAUGAAUGCAGUCAUCAGCAACUUGCACUUGGGCUGAUAGGUUUCUGGGUUAAAAUUAAAAGAUGGGACUCUAAAAAAGUAUAACACUACAAAAGGAAAUCUUUUCAGUUGGUUUUAUCUGGGUGGAUGUAUUAUAUGACUUUAUAUAAAAGGUAUCUAUAUAAAAUCGACACAGUAUUUUCAACUUUUAUAUUCCAUGGUAAUAAAAGACAUGAAGAACUACAUGUAACAGUACCAUAUUUUUAUUAAUAAUUGCACAGCUCUAUAUCUAAUGACAAAGGUUGAAUUGUGUUAGAGGAAUUGGCUAUAUAUUUCCCUCUAGAGAAACAGUGUAGUUCUCCACAUAUUUAUGGAUUCCUUCACACCAUGUCACAUUUAUUUUGGUCUUAUAUGUAUUUAAAUGUUUGAAGUGCCUUAGAUUCUUGCCAUAUUUUCAAAAUAAAAUUUUAUUAAGCUCUUUGCUUGCCCCUGCUUCAUCUCUGACAGCCCUC